AGCAAGGUUGUCCGGACCCUCUUUAAUCACGUAGUAACGGAGCCGGCACCUCCGAUACUCGGUUGCAUUUCUUAAACUACUGCACAACUGUGUUGAGUGAUUCUCUGUGAUUAGUUGUUUGAUGAUUUUUAAUUUUACAUUUCAAGUUAUUUUUGUGAGUGAUUUUAUCAAAGACAUUUUUGCCAAGCGAGCAGUUCAGCGAUGGGCUGGGCAAUCCGCAGAUCGGCCUUGCUGAGGCUGACUUUGAGUCUGUCGACCUUGACUUUAGUGGCAUCCUAUCACCUGCCAGACUACCGGCUAUUGCCACCGCUGCAGAAGCACAUUCCACCCUCGGAUACUCCAACGUUUCAGAGAAAUUCUGUCGAAGGCCUUCCCCUAGCCUUGGGAUCCUCCAACAUCAACAAUGAACUUGAAUUUGGAUCUACGAGUUUGCCGCUCCGCGAAGCAGUGGAGGCGUCUCCGCGAAUCCGCGACGCCGGCGGGAUGAAAUCCGCGGCUUCGCAAGAAGACCUUGAGCGAUUAACUCAGGGAACACUGCAGCGAGAAGCCGUGGAAAGACGGCCGCCUCCUCCUCUGGGAACGAAUCUUGUUGAGCACGAGUCUAUCUGGCUUGAACAGCUCUCGCCACCAAUUAUUAGGCGCAAUCAAGGCCCCCCUAAAGUUAUUUGCUAUUAUAAUGCCGAUGCUGUCUAUCGUGAUGAUCCAUUCGCGUUGCAUCCUCAGGAGAUUCCUGCUAGACAUUGUACUCAUUUGGUUUACAAUGCUGCGGCUAUAGAUUCAAAUACAUAUACCAUAAAACCGCGUGACCCAGAAUACAAUGUAGAAAGAGGUGGGUACAAAGCAGUAACAGGAUUGCGUAAAAAGAACCCAUCGCUCGAAAUCCUGACAUCGAUAACAUCAUCAAACCACACAAAAGCCUACAGUGAGCUGAUAAAUUGUAACCGCUGCAGCCAGCAGUUUAUUCAAUCCACCCUCAAGUUCCUCGAAGAGAACAAAUUCGACGGUGUGCAGAUAGAAUGGCGAUUGGCCUCAAAUUACCAAUUAAAAUCAUUAUUACAGUCGCUCUACAGCUCACUGUCUUCCCGAGGCUACACCCUGGCCGUAGUACUGCGACCACACGAUUUGGUGGACCCAGAGCUAGCAGAAACUUCAGACUUAAUAAUCCUGAGGCCCUGGCACCUGAAUUACCAGAAGACUUCCCACCUCGCAUCUCUCCGUUCUCUGUCAUCAUUUUCGCAGCGAUGGCUGGAAGCAGACGUCAGUCCGCAAAAAAUAAUCAUCGACCUGCCGCUGUUUGGCAAAAGCUACACCUUGAAGUACAAAAACUCAAGCGAAGUUUCUUCGCCCAGCCUGGGGCCAGGAAUCGACGGCUCUUACACGAAACAACGCGGAAUUAUGGCCUACUACGAGAUCUGCAGUAAAUUGGAGGGCCUUUGGGACCACGGAAGGGAUAGAGACGGACCUUACAUUAAUUUCGGCGACCAAUGGGUCGCGUAUGACGACCCUAUUUCAAUAAAAAUCAAAGUCGCUUAUAUUAAGUCCACGAAUCUUGGCGGUGUUUCGCUGAGCUCAUUGGACUUUGAUGAUUUUGUAGGAAUUUGUGGGGAUCCCUGGCCGAUAUUGAAAGUCGCCGCCAGAGGUCUCGGCUUGUAUGACUCUCCGGUUGAUAAAUGCAAUACGGAAGAGACUUACAGCGAUAGGGAGAACUGCGCGGGAUUUUUCGUUUGCGAGCGGGGAAAUCUUUACCACGGACAGUGCAAAGAUGAUCAGUUCUUUGAUUCUAGAGAGAAAAGGUGUGUUAAGGCUGACCCUGAGAUGUGUAAUCCUGGACACUUAGGACGGUACGCGGAGCAGGUGGAUUAUUUAGCAGCCUUGAAGGAAAGACAGCGCAGUCAGCAGCUAAAAUUGCAGAGAGGAUCAGGACCUAGAGUUGUUUGUUAUGUCACAUCCUGGGCGUUAUACAGGAAGGAUGAAGGGACAUUCGUGCCGGAACAUUUGGAUACUAGGUUGUGCACUGAUGUUAUUUAUGCCUUUGCGGGGUUGAAUCCUGAUACUUUGCUCCUACAGCCGUUUGAUCCUUGGGCAGAUAUUGAACAUGGUCUUUAUGAGAGAAUUACUUCAUCAAGAGACGCAAGAGUUUUGCUGGCAAUUGGGGGCUGGACAGACAGUACUGGAGACAAGUACUCGCGAUUAGUCAGCAGUGAAAGCUCGAGGAAGAAAUUUAUUGAAAGCGCGAUAAAUUUCUUGCAUGCUCACAAUUUUGAUGGACUGUCCUUCGAAUGGAACUACCCGAAAUGUUGGCAGAGCGACUGCAAAAAAGGCCCAGAUUCGGACCGUCCGAAUUUCACCAAGUUUAUUAAAGAAAUGAGCCGUGCUUUUAAUGCAGCGACGCCUUCUUUGAAGUUAGCAGUCACUCUUUCAGGGUACAAAGAAGUUAUAGACAGAGCUUAUGAUGUUCAAGAGAUUUCAGAAGCUGCGGACUUCAUUUCUGUUAUGACUUAUGACUACCAUGGGGCCUGGGAAUCCAAAACCGGUCAUCUGGCUCCACUGUAUGCUCACCCGCAAGAUGAUUAUCCUUAUUACAAUGUUAACUGGACAGUUAAUUAUUUAAUUGCCAAAGGAAUCCAAAAAUCAAAAUUAGUAGUCGGAAUUCCAUUCUACGGUCAAGCGUACCGUCUUUCCCAGCCAGAACGUUCUAAUCUAGGAGAUCCCGCGACAGGACCUGGAACGCCUGGAGAAUUUACAGGUCAGCCUGGCAUGCUGGGAUACUACGAAAUUUGUGAAAGGAUAAAAUACCGCGGGUGGAAAACUGGCUCUGGCCCUAGCGCUUAUUUCCAUGACCAAUUCGUAGCUUAUGAUGACGCGAAAAGUGUCGCAGAAAAAGGAGCCUGGAUAAAAGACAACGGAUUUGGCGGUGCAAUGGCAUGGACCGUCGAUCUCGACGAUUUUCUUAACAAGUGCUGCAAAGAACCCUUCCCUCUGUUGCGCAGCUUGAAUCGUGCUCUGGGACGGCUUCUGGAUCCGACACCACAAGGAGAAAACUGUCAGCGACCCUCCGAGCCAGUAACUCCGCCGCCGCCCACGCUGACGACUCACAGCGAUGCAAACGACGGUGUUCCGCGGCCUACGCGUCCGGGUUCUACUUCAACUACAAAAGCUACUACAUGGCCUACUUGGACCGAAAAGACAACGAAAAAACCUAGUUCUACUACUGUUAAUUGGCAAACUUGGACUUGGAGUACUUGGUACCCUACAUCUUCUACGACCACUUCUACAACAACAAUUAAAGCACCGGCGUGGACUGAAUGGACGACCCAAAAACCGACAACUCAAAAAUCGACGACCCAGUCAGUUUCAACAGGAUCAUCUUCCACCGGAAACUCCUGUAAUUCAGGAGAAUAUGUUCCUGAUCCUAACGAUUGUCGUCUGUACUUCCGAUGCGUCCUUGGAGAAUUCAGACGUGGAAGUUGUACACUGGGAUUACACUGGGACAGUGCUCACAAUCGCUGUGACUGGCCUGCUACUGCCAGGUGUCACCAAGGAGUUAAUCAAAAUGUCGACAAACCUUGGGCCCAAAAACCUGUGCAAAGACCAGUCACAACUACUACAACGACCACAAAGCGUCCAACAACAAUUACUACAACAACAACAGCAGCAGGCAAACCUUGUUCACAUGGACAAUAUUACGCCGUUCCUGAUUCGUGUACGCAAUUUUUAAUCUGCGUUAAUGACAACCUCGUAAAACAGCAAUGUGGUCCCGGUCUUAAUUGGAAUGACGCGAAAAAAAUGUGCGACUGGGCUUUUAUGAAUCCUUGUAAAGAUGCGCCGAAAAAAACUUCUGCGCUGAUGAUGAAGGAAAUGGAUUCUUUGAAUGAACCUUGUACUUCAGGAAGUUUCAGCGGUGUUCCUGGGGAUUGUAAGAGUUACCACGCAUGUUUGUGGGGUCGCCAUGAAAAAUUCUCAUGCGCUCCAGGUCUACACUUCAACAGAGAAUCCAACAUAUGUGACUGGCCACACCGCGCUAACUGUGAAGAAAAUGUUGCAACUAGCCAAAAUGAAAUAACUACCACCACUAUGAAAUCAACGUACAAGCCUACUACUCAGCAUUGGUGGACUGUUUCUUCUUCUCCUUCAACAACGACAACUACACAGACUCCAUGGACACCACCACCACCAACAACAACAACGACAACAACAACAGCAGCUCCAAAACCGCUUCCUUCUGCAGAAAUAGAUCCAACAAAAGUAUCUCCACUCUCUGGAUACUUCAAAGUAGUCUGCUACUUCACAAAUUGGGCAUGGUACCGCCGAGGAAUCGGAAAAUACCUACCGGAACACAUCGAUCAUACAUUAUGUACUCACAUUAUUUAUGGAUUCGCGGUACUCGAUUAUUCCGAGCUUACCAUCCGUGCGCAUGACUCAUGGGCUGAUUAUGAUAAUCGAUUUUACGAACGUGUGGUAGCUUACAAAAAACGCGGCGUUAAAGUGUCUCUGGCCCUCGGAGGCUGGAACGAUUCCGCGGGUGACAAGUACAGUCGCUUGGUUAAUUCACCGGCUUCUAGGCGGAAGUUUAUUGAGCAUACAAUUAAAUUUAUCGAGAAGUACAACUUUGAUGGGCUGGACCUCGACUGGGAGUACCCAGUUUGCUGGCAAGUCGACUGCAGCAAAGGACCUAAGUCUGACAAAGAAGGUUUCGCGGCUUUGUUGCGCGAACUGAGCGCUGAGUUCAAACCCCGCGGGUGGUUGUUGUCCUCCGCAGUGUCUCCCAGUAAAACAGUUAUUGACAAAGGGUAUGAUGUACCCGCUUUGAAUAAAUACCUCGACUGGAUCGCGGUUAUGGCUUAUGACUACCACGGACAGUGGGAUAAGAAAACGGGACACGUUUCGCCCCUUUAUUAUCACGAUCAAGAUGAGGUCUACUUCUUUAAUGGCAAUUACACGAUUAAUUAUUGGAUCGCUAAAGGCGCGUCGCCGAGGAAAAUUGUUAUGGGAAUGCCAUUAUACGGUCAAUCAUUUUCAAUCCACGAUCCGAAAGCUGGAACCGGACUAAACGCCCCAGCGAGUGCUGGGGUAGCUGGCGAAUUCACUCAAGCCGCUGGAUUCUUGGCUUACUACGAAAUUUGCGACCGAAUUCGUAAUCGCGGAUGGAAAGUCUUCCAGGAUCCUGAACGCCGUAUGGGACCUUACGCGUACAAGGGUAACCAAUGGGUAAGUUUCGAUGACUCAGAUAUGAUUCGCCAAAAAGCCCAGUUUGUUAGAGACAUGAAUCUUGGGGGUGGAAUGGUCUGGGCGCUGGAUCUUGACGAUUUCCGAGGGAGAUGCGGUGAAGGUCGUCAUCCGCUGAUGCAAACUUUGCAACUUGUUUUAUCUGAGCCUCCUAAUAAACAUGAUCAUCCUAUAUUACCUCCAGCAGUUGGUCAAGAAUUGGAUUGGAAUAAUCCUAGCAAGCCUACUGAAUCCAUGACACCUCAUAAUAAUCACAAUAAUAACAACAAUAAUCAUAAUAAUAAUCACAAUCACAAUAAUAACAAUAAUCAUAAUAAUAAUAAUCAUAAUAAUCAUAAUAAUAAUAAUCAUGGUAAUGAUGAUGGCCAUGGUAUGAAACAUGGACCUGAAGAAUUCAAAGUUGUAUGUUACUUCACAAACUGGGCAUGGUACCGUCAAGAAGGUGGCAAAUUUUUACCUGAAAAUAUUGAUAGUGAUUUGUGUACUCACGUCAUCUAUGGAUUUGCUGUGUUAGAUGGCACUUCGUUAACUAUUAAACCUCAUGAUUCUUGGGCAGAUAUUGACAACAAAUUUUAUGAGCGAGUAGUAGCUCUAAAAGCCAAAGGAAUAAAAGUCCUGAUAGCAAUUGGAGGAUGGAACGAUUCAGCAGGCGAUAAAUACAGUCGUUUAGUUAACUCUCCAUCUUCAAGAACAAGAUUUAUCACCCACGUAACGCAGUUCAUUGAGAAGUAUAACUUCGAUGGUCUUGAUUUAGAUUGGGAGUAUCCAGUUUGCUGGCAGGUUGAUUGUACAAAAGGUCCAGCUUCAGACAAAGAAGGCUUCACAGCAUUAGUAAAAGAAUUAAGCGACACAUUCAAGCCCAAGGGUCUAUUGCUAUCAUCAGCAGUAUCUCCCAGCAAGCGAGUGAUCAGUCAUGGUUACGACGUAGCUGCUCUCGCAAAAUACUUGGACUGGAUUUCCGUAAUGACCUACGACUUCCACGGACAGUGGGACAAGAAAACAGGACAUGUUGCUCCAUUGUACGUGCGUCCAGACGACUGGGAGAUGACUUUCAAUGCAAACUUCUCAAUUCACUACUGGAUGGAGCAAGGCGCGCCAGCGAAGAAGCUUGUCAUGGGAGCUCCGCUUUAUGGACAGUCUUUCAGCCUCGCUGAAAGGAACCAACAUGACUUGAAUGCUCCAACUUACGGAGGUGGAGAAGCCGGGGACUCGACUCGCGCUCGUGGAUUUUUGGCUUACUAUGAAAUUUGCGAAAGAACAUUGAAGAGGGGUUGGACUGUCGUUCAAGAUCCAGAGCGACGUAUUGGGCCCUACGCGUACCAAGGCGACCAGUGGGUCAGUUUUGACGACGCGGAACAGAUAAGACUCAAGUCGGAAUUUAUCAAAAAGCUUGGACUUGGUGGUGGAAUGAUUUGGGCUCUAGAUCUUGAUGAUUUUGAAAACCGAUGCGGCUGCGAAGCCAGUCCACUGUUGAAGACCAUGAAUCGUGUGUUAAGAAACUAUCCGGCUGGUCCUACUUGCAAAGUUACAGGGUCAAAAGCUCCUGAAGUAGCGCCAAUAAGUUCAACUGAGCCGAUCAGCCAGAAGCCGUCAUGGGAACAAACGACAUCUUGGGACCAAUGGACGGUUUCGACAACCCACAAGCCCAUGCCAAUCGACCCAGAUGAUUCUAUAGAAGUUAUCGCUGGAGCUCCACCUCCGACGAUGCUGCCGAUAGGAGAGUGUGAUGAUAAACAGUUUAUUCCUCAUGCUGAAGACUGUUCCAAGUAUGUGUUGUGUAACUUCGGACAGUUGUCGGUGAUGACUUGUCCUUCAGGUUUGCAUUGGAACAAAGAUCACUGUGAUUGGCCGGAGAAUGCUCAGUGUAAAAAAAAAGCUGAGAAAAUUGAAGAGAGUAACGCAAUUUCGCAAUCAGACAUGGUGAUGGGAAUGCCAUCCCAAAUCCACGAAGUCGAGGAAAUAAACCGCGGCUCGAAAAAAGUUAUCUGCUACUUUACAAACUGGGCAUGGUACCGUCCAGAAAGCGGAAAAUAUCUUCCAGAAGACAUAAAUCCAAACUUAUGCACGCACAUCGUUUACGGAUUCACGGUGUUGGACUAUGACAUGCUGACCAUAAAGAUGCACGACAUGUGGGCAGACGUAGACAACAAAUUCUACGAGCGAGUGACCGCUUACAAAUCCAAGGGUAUAAAGGUCCUAGUCGCCUUGGGAGGAUGGAAUGACUCCGCAGGCGACAAAUACAGUCGUCUAGUCAACAACCCGACUGCCAGAGCGCGGUUUGUCAAACACGCGGUCCAGUUUGUCGAGAAGUACAACUUCGACGGGUUGGAUUUGGACUGGGAGUACCCAGUUUGCUGGCAAGUUAAGUGCGAAAGUGGUCCAGCUUCAGACAAGAAAGCUUUUGCAUUGCUGGUCAAAGAACUGAGUCAGGAAUUUAAGCCCCGCGGGUGGCUAGUUUCUGCAGCUGUGUCUCCUAGUAAAAGGGUCAUUGAUCACGGCUAUGAUGUUCCGAUGCUUAACAAGUACUUGGAUUGGAUCGCGGUGAUGACUUACGACUUCCACGGGCAUUGGGAACAGAAAACAGGACAUGUAGCACCGCUUUACUAUUAUCCGGGUGAUGAGUACGAUUACUUCAAUGCCAACUUCUCGAUGAGGUACUGGAUUGAAAAAGGAGCUGCGCCUUCGAAAUUGGUCAUGGGUGUUCCUUUUUACGGGCAAAGUUUCACGCUGUCCAGUAGUUAUGACUCUGGUUUGCAAGCAUCAGCUCCAAGACCAGGAUAUGCUGGUACUUUUACAAGAAGUGCUGGAUUUUUAGCUUUCUAUGAGAUUUGCGAGAAAGUCAAAAGCGGAUGGAAAAUAACAAAAGAUCCUUUAAAACGUAUCGGUCCUUAUGCAAUCCGUAAUGAUCAGUGGGUAAGUUACGAUGAUGUAACAAAUGUCCUAGCGAAGGCUUCAUUCAUCCGCGAAUUGGACCUCGCGGGUGGAAUGAUUUGGGCGCUGGAUCUUGACGACUUCAAAGGUAAAUGCAAGUGUGGAAAGUAUCCGCUUCUCAGCGCGCUAAAUCGCGGCUUAGGAGGAUCUACACACGGAAAAGACUGCACGUAGUAAUUUGGCUUGAAAUUUUAAAUGUAUUUUUUUUUUUAAGUGCAACAAUUUAUUAAGUAUAGAGUAAUUAAUUGUAAUUAAUCCUUGUUUAAACUUUUCCGGGUGACAAUUUUUUUUUCUGUCACCUGCGAAGAUUGAUGAAACAAGAAUAAA